AUGUUAAACUAAAUAAUUAUUAUUUUCAAUUUUAUUAUAUAACAUACCUUAUUUGCUUUUUAAUUAACUCCUUACUUAUUUGCUAGAUUGUUAAAUCUGGUAAAAUCGUUACAUGCAGUUCUGGUGCUAACUGCUCUGGGUGUGGUGCCACUCCAUAAAUACAAAAUUUAUUCUCAUCAAUUUCUAGCCCACUUUGCUACGUUACAGAUUGUAGCUAAACUCCUCCAUCAUAUAAUGGCUUUGUUUGUAGUUCUUGUUAUCAAUCUUAAGGCACUUCAGCCUUCAGCUGCUUUAAAUAUAGGUCAAUAUUAUGACCCAGGUACAAGUGCUUGUGUUGCUUCCUGCCCUUAAGACACUUAAGCUGAUGAUACUUAUACUUGCAAGCCGAUACCUAAACCUGGUAAUAUAGUUGCAUGCGGUUCUAGUGGUAGCUGCUCUGGGUGUGGUACCACUCCUUAAAUAGCAAAUUUAUUCACACCAGUUACUGGCUUAAUCUGUAAAAUGAUAGAUUGUAGCUAAGCUCCUCCAUCAUAUAAUGGCUAUGUUUGUUAAUCUUGCUAUCAAGCAACAGGCGCUAUAGCUGCUUUAAAUAUUGGUAAUUAUUACGACCCAGGUACAAGUGCUUGUGUUGCUUCCUGCCCUUAAGGUACUAAAGCUGAUAAUACUAAUACUUGCUAGAUUAUUAAACCUGGUAAUAAUGUUUAAUGUGGCUCAGGUGGUAGCUGCUCUGGGUGUGGUGCCACUUCAUAAAUAGUAAAUUUAUUCACAACAGUUUCUUAGUCAAGUUGCAAAAUGAUAGACUGUAGUUAAACUCCUCCAUCAUAUAAUGCCUAUGUUUGUUAAUCUUGCUAUCAAGUAACAGGCGCUAUAGCUGCUUUAAAUAUUGGUAAUUAUUACAACCCAGGUACACAUGCUUGUGUUACUUCCUGUCCUUAAGGUACUUAAGCUGAUAAUACUAAUACUUGCUAGCCAAUUCCUACUAAACCUGGUAAUAACAUUUCAUGUGGCUCAAGUGGUAGCUGUUCUGGGUGUGGUACAACUUCAGAAAUAGUUAAUUUAUUCACACCUGUUUCUGGUUCAAGCUGCAAAGUCACAGAUUGUAGCUAAACUCCUACUUCAUACAAUAGUUAUGUAUGUUAAUCUUGUUAUUAAGUGACUGGUGCAAUUCCUGCUUUAAAUAUAGGUAAUUAUUACGACCCAGGAACAAAUACUUGUGUUGCUGAAUGCCCUCAAGGUAAAGUUGCAGACAUCAAUAACACUUGUUAAACUCCAAAAACUAUCAUCGGUAAAGAUGUCGGCUGUGGUACUGCUGCUUCGAAUGGAAAUGCUGCUAACUGCAAUCUUUGUGGGGAGAAUUCCUCAAUACAAAAUCUUUUUUCUUACGAUUCAAAAACAGCAGGUUAAAAUUGUUAAUUUAAAGAUUGUAGCACUAUCCCAAGUACUCUAAAUGGUUGGAUAUGCAACUCCUGUAAUGAUGUAGAAGGAUCUAAAAUUCCAGUUGGCUUAUAUUUUAAUGGAAGUACUUGCGUUUCCACGUGUUCCAGUGGAGUUGCUACAUCUUAAACCGUUCCUGGUUUUAAAAUUCCACUGAUUGGAUAUAUGUAAUCAGCGAAGUUUUUAACUAUUACUCUUUUUUUGAUACUUAGAAAGUAUUAUAAUCAUGGUAAAAAGAGAAAGAGAGUUAAGAGUAAAAUAAAGACAAUAGAGAAUUUGAAAGAAAGGACUAGAACUAGAUUAGCUAUACAUUAAAUUGUCAAUUUCUUCAAAUCCAUACAAAAUUGA